AGGAAUAACUUCCGUCUGCUACACACCUUCUUCACUGUGGAAUUAGUGUUUGAAAUGGAAACUCGUAUUAAUUAAAACUAUGUAGAUAUAAUGUGCAUACAGAAAGGAUUUAGAUUAUUUUUGAAAUUAUGAUUUAAAAUGUUUCAUUUACAAUAUCCACGAUUUCGUGGAUUUUUCGCAUGGGAUGAAUUAGGAUGCUUGUCCAGAGCUCUUGGGUUUCCAGUUGACCUUUUCAAGAACAAUCUAACAGAUGAGAUCAAUACAGAAGAGAAUGGACUUUCCUUACAGGAGACAAUUAAAGUACUGGACUAUAAGCUGUUAUAUAAAGCCCUACAUCUAACACAGAAUCUUCAUACAGCUGACUGGAACAGUUGUGUCUUCCGUAGAUGUGUCGGCUUCCUGGAUUUCAAGGCUCUCAAGUAUGAAGACAUCAAUAAUGCCAGGGUGGCUUAUCAAGCUUAUGAAGCAGGAGAUAUGAAAGGAAUGAUGCUGAGUGAACAUGUCCUGCUGAGGACUUUAAAGAUGUGCAAUAAGACAAUAUCACCAAUGAAGUUGAUGCACAGAAUCAAGCACAGCCAGGGUAGUUAUGAUGAGCCAGGGAGGAUACAACUUUAUGAAUUCCUUGACCUUCUCCUAUGGGCUGAUGGUUACAAAGGUUAUAUACCAGAUGAAACAUAUGGACAUUUUGAAAUGAAAAAUGAACUUUUCAAGUUAACAGAUUUUGAUAAGCUUCUAACUCACCAUGAUCAUCGAGUAGCCAGUCAUCUAGAUGCUCAAUAUCUGAAAGAAGAAUGGGAGUUCCCGGAGGUUAGGUACAAGGAUACUAAAUUUAAAGACUCCACUGUAAUCUGUGGUGACUCUAGAGUAGAAAUGGACACGUGUUUGUCUGACUACUAUCUAAUGAGGAAAAUGUCCACGACAAAUCAUCAGAAACAGAGCUAUCGUCAUCUAAGAUCAGAAGUAGGUCGCUCGGAGAAAACUGUUCACUGUGCUAAGGGAGGAUUUGUUCGGGAACGGCCUGUCACUGCACCAAAUAUCGGAAUGUAUAGUAGUCGGGAAAUGGAGGAAUUAAAGAGAAAACAGUCAAUGCGGGCUCAGAGCGCCAUUUAUCAGAAAUUACAGGAUCUCGUUAGACAUGCAUAUAAAAGUAAAGAUAAAGGUAUACAGCCAGUGAGUAUGUCAGAUAGACCAAUUGUAGCUGAUUAUAAGCCUAGCCACAUACCACAUGUUGUGUCUGAUUCUGACCUGAAGAAAACAGUUGAAGACUGGGAACAACUUCUAUUUGACAUUGAAACAGAGGAAGGAAGAUACGAGAUUGCUAUGGAUACAGAGAUGGAGCACUUUAUACCUAAUUUUAAACAGAAGAAAGAGGAAAUGGAAAGAUCAAAGUCAGCAUUAUCCCAGGGAGCACCUCACAUCAAAAAGAAGUGUGUGUCGGUAAAUAAACAGAAGAACCGGUAUGAAGAUUCUGUGAAUGCUUUAGCAUACCCAGCUCCAAGGCUCCCACCCUCACAUUCGAGAAGAUGUGAUGCCAGAGAAAAAUUGGAGAGGUUACAAAAUAUGUUUAGAGGUUGGUAUGCCGCUAGAUCUAAAAAGGGGCCACACUAUGUUUUGAUGUCGCCAUAUUUCCACGACUCACCAAAAGGUAAACUGUUUCAAAAACUUGCCAAGAUGUCGGAUGCUGAGAUACAGAAACUGCAUGGUGAUUUAUUGUACCGUAAAACAAAGUCGGUUGACCUUGAUCAACGUCCCGUUACAGCCCCAGCUGUCAUGACGAUGGAAGAAUAUCGUGCCAAAAUGAAGGAGAACGAUGCAUUGUUAAAGGGACGAAAUGCAGGUAAAUCCACAGGUUCUGGAAAUAUUACUAAACCACAUGUUGAUUUUAAAACUGAUGAAAUAAACGACAUUAGAAUAGUUGAGAAAGAAGUUGAUGAGAGAGUUAAAAGUCCAGAGCCAACAGAGCUUGAUGACAUAGUUGAAAAUGUGGACGAAUCGAAGUGUAGUUUAGAUUCGUCUGUGACUGAAAAAAUUAAAGAGAUUACUAAUGAAAAGAAGAUAGAUACAGCUGUCAAGACUGGAAAACAAAGGGCGUUAUCAGCCUAUGCUCAUAGACAGGAUCAUCUAAAAGAUGAACAAGAUUCUGUGUAUCUGAGUGGACAAGAAGGACGUUAUCCUAGAUCUAAAUCAGCUGCAGAAGUUCAUCAAACAGAGGCUAUUGAAGAUGUUGCCCCUAUGCCGUAUAUGGACCAUAGCAAACCGAAAAUCGUUUCUGUUGGCAGCAUCGGAAAGAUCUCGUUACUGGAAAGUAUAUCUGAAGCUAAGUUCUGGGAAGACUUGGCAAUAAAGCAGCAAAAGGAGAAGAAUAAACAGAGUUCGGAAAUUGCAGCAAAGUCUGAAAAAGAUGACAGUGGUACUGAAAGUAUUGGAGAAGAUGCUGCCGACGAUGCCCUUAUUACAGAGAAAAUUGCUAGUCAGUCAAAGAAGAAAAAUAGUAAAAACAAAAUGCACUCUGAUGAAAUGUUGAAAGACACUGAUAUUAUCUCCUUGAUUUUGGAAGAUGAAAAAGCAUUGAAGAAGAAACUAAGGAAAUACCAAAAGAAAUCCAAGUUUGAUUAUUCAACAGCCAGAUCUUGGAGUUCAGGUAGUUCAAGGGCCUCAAAGUUAGGUUCAGCUAACAGUAGAAGUUCAAGCUCCUCAGGAAUUCGAACUGGGACACCAGGAACACCAGGGGCAAGUGUGAAAGAGAAUUGUUUAUCACCUGAUCCAUGUCAAACUAAAUCUGAUUCACAAAAUGCGAAUCAAGUACAUUCAAAAUCGGAAGACAAAGCAACUUCUGCAAAGAAAAAGGUGAUAGUUAGUGACUCUAAUGACACUAGCAAAGCGAAUGUAAAACCUAAAGUCAGUAAAUAUGAAAGGUUAGUAAAUAGACUUGGGGAUGAUCUCACACCUUAUAUGAAGCAUCAGAUGAUGAAAAUAACUGUUUGAUUUUAUAUUUAGCCAGGAAAUGUUAAUCAAUUUACCUUUGAUUCUUUAGUUACUUCCAACUAUUUUUCUUUGGAAAAAAAACAUAUAAUAAACAGAGAGGAUUUUUUUGUGCACUGCCAUUUUUUCUCUAUCUUAAUUUAUGUUUUAAUAUUUGUGGUAUAAAUGAAAACUCGGUGCGAAAAAAAUAUCAUCAGUAUUUUCAAUACAUUAUGUUUGUAUCUUCAGAAUUAUGUUUGAAACUUUGAUACCUAUUAACAUUGAUGUCCGUCCAUGGUCUCCUCCACUAUUAAAGCUUGGAAGUCACCAUUUACUGUGUUGUUGUGAUCAAAAAAUCAGAUCGUAAAGAGAUAAGAAUGUUUUUUUAAGGAAAUAUUUUGUUAAAGGCCCAUUACGCCUCAGAAAUGCAAAUAAUUUAAUUUCCGAAAACCUUUUUAUUUUUUGGUAUCUUGUUACAGUUUUCAAAAUUAUACUAAUUUUUCAUAUCUUUUGCUAUUGCUCUGUCAGCAUUUGGUAUAAUUAUAGUGAAUAAGUACUUUCAUUCGGAACUGCCUCGGCUAUUAUCUAUAAUAACCUCGGAAACAAUACAGAUUGAAAGUAGUUCUACCACGUGGUUUCAGAUGUAAACAGAAACAGAGAUAAUGUAAAACAAAUGUAUAUUUUUGACAUCUAAUGUCUGUUCCGGUACUCUUAUGCUUGAAAAUAUGUCUGACAACAAUUUGUAAUUUAAAUAUGCCCACUGAUGUUCAAUUUUAAACAAUCUGACUAAAUGUCAACAGGUUGGUUUUUUGUACUUUCGGUUUCUACAACCAUAAUAAUAAAUAUAUAAGUAAUGUAUUGUUUGCUUUUGUACCUAUGAAUUCACUUAUUUUAGGUGGACUUUUAGUACAUAUAUUGUAAAUAAACUUGUCAACAACUCCCAGCAUUAAAUAACUAUUUGUUUACAUGUUUAGUUUCUAAGCGUAGGUUAGAUCGAAAUACCGCAUCUGUUCUGUGUAUUCAUACUAUUGUGUUCGGGAUCCUUUUCCGAAGACUGACGGAAAGGGCCGAGUAGUUGCGAUUGUAAGUACUUUGUAUGGAAGUGAAAAUACUACUUUGUUUACAUUUUGCUACCUUUACUGCAUGUUUAGCGCUACUUCAUUCAGUAUUUAAACAUGUUACAUACUCUAAAUUUAUUAUUGAAACAUUAUUAAACACAUGAUUGACAUUUCUAAAGAAUUAAGAUAUAUGGAUUUCUAAGGCAUAAUGUUCCCCUGGCUUGUUUUUGAGGUUGAUUAAAUGUGUUAAGAGAGCUUCGAUGUGGGAUACUAUUUAUUAAAAUAAGAUUUUUACAGAAAUCUAUUUACCUAUGUGAUUUAUAAAUUCACUUUUCACUACCACAGGGCUUUCUUCAGACUGUCCAAAUGUUUAUUUUGCUGUGAAUCUCAAUUAUUUCUAUUAUCAUUAUAUUUCCUUUGUAAUACCAAUUUUGUAAUAUGAAUUAACUCCAAACAGUUGGCAUGUCCCUACCAAAAACCCUGUUGAAAAUUCAGGUACAUUUAACUUUUUUUCUGAUAGGUUUGUGUAACAUUUUUUAUUAAUUACUUAUUCAUUUAUUUAUUUUACAUAAAUUGAGCUCAUUAUUUUUCAAAACACAGUAUUUUUAAAUUGUUUAAAAAAAACUUCUAAGAGUCUAGGUUGUUUUAUAGCUCACACCUGAACAUAUUUAGUUUGAAAUUAAAGGUACAUUAUUCUCCAAGCAUUAUAUCAAAGUCCAUUUCUGUGAAAAAAUAGUACUAUUAUCAGUGGCAGCAAAAUCAAUUGUCCAUAUUGUCAAGGUUAAAUUGUCCCACAGCCAGUAUGGACAAAUGAUAUUUUUUCAAAAUUUACUUUAUAAGUAAAUUUCAUAUGGACAGGUAAAAAACACUUCAGAUAAAACAGACGAGCAAGUAAAAAUGAGAUUGUGCUGGCCCUGAUUAUAUAUACAUGUAUUUUAUACCUAUGAUUCUGUAUUUGAAAAGUCCAUAUUACUGUAUUAUGAUUUGUAAGAUUUCACAACUAUAUAUGGUUUGUUUGGGUGCUAUUAUACAAUAUCUGUGAUAUACCAUGCAUUUGUCAAUAAAAUGAUUAAAUUUUAA